AGCUAGUCGCAGCUACUGCACUGGCAGCUACUGAUGACUGGAUCUAACAUCGCGUAUUAUAGAUACUAGAGCACAAUGUCGAUGACCGAACCUCACCGCAAGGUUCUGGAAAAGGUUGCCCCUGACUUUUUAAACGACCUUGAUUCUGAUGAUAUUGUACCAUAUCUGUUGGGUGAUGAAGCCAUAUCUAGAGAUGAUCGCGAUAAAAUCGACACCAAGGGAACAAGAAGAGAAAAAGUAGCUGCCCUUUUGGACAUCUUGCCGAGGAGAGGGGAUGGAGCUUAUAUCUCUCUCCAGAGCAGCCUUACAAAAACUGAUGGAUCCAUGCAUCUUUAUGAGACAAUGAAGAAACAUGAACAGUGGGUAUAUGAUCGACUUCAAGAGGAAAUGGAGGAGGAAGAAAAGCUGCCCAUUCAAGCCGAGGGCAUUGACUCAAUUAAUAGCAUGCGCGAUGUUGACAUGCGUAAUGAAGAGAAUCUACAAGAAGAUGUAAAGGGCUGCAUAGGACUCUUGCCCUUGCAUGGUGCGGACAGGGGUCCUCAACCUAAAAACCCAAACAAAGUUCUGAAGGAUCCAGACCUACUGGAUCUAGCCCAAGACCUCGGAGAACACUGGGAAAUGCUGGCCCUCAUACUUGGCAUGAGUAAAGCUGUCAUCUACCAGUGCAAAGAGAACAAUAGAUACAACACCCAAAGUCAGAUCUUUGAUAUGCUUUACAAGUGGAAGUGUAGUCAGGGGAAGAAGGCCACUGUGUCUGCCAUGCUAGGGGCAUGUAAGAAAAUCAAACUGCUCGGUGAAGAUGCUUAUAAGUUCCUCUACGACCUGUAGUGUUGGUAGUUUAUAGACCUCUUAUCUCAUCAAUCAUCUUUCAUUUUGACAUUUAAACACAGAUUAUGGAGUAUGGUAAAUGCAAAGAAAUUGUAAACAUUUAUAACAUGUACAACUUCAUUUUUUUACUUUUGAAGUACAAUUCAUGGUGAAUUAUGUCUUAUUAGGAUAUAAAAAGGAUGUGUAUCUGAUUGUGUCAUUAGAUCUCUUUUAUACAUCAUAAUGAAAAAUAACUCUUCAUUUCUGUAGGUCACUUUAUGUGGACAUAAUGACCAUCCGGUACAGUAAAUAGGUCAUUGAGUGGUAUAUGAAGCUAAAGGAAAUUAGAAACGGAGAUAGUCAGGAUAUCAGGUAUGUGGAUCUGUAAACAGGAUUGGCCGGUAACAGAAGUACCAGCAUAUGUCGCAAAGAAAUAGAAGCAGUGGAUCUAAAGCCCUGAAAGCCCAUGCUUGAAAAAUGCAAGAUUCCUAGCAAAGCAAGGGGUAGGCUACAAGGUAGUCAUUACUUGAUGAUCAUAUAUAUGAUUAUCUUUUUGAGGUGUUAUUUUCGUGAAAGUUUUACUUCCACAAACACUCAUUUGCCCAAUUGUUUAUUAGUCUGAUUAUGUUUACCUUCCAAUAUACAUUACAAUUAAAGUUAACUUACUCUAUUUGCUUUAUAACACAUUUAAAACUGAAUAUGUGUGGUCUAAGGAAGAGGGGGAUGGGAGGGGUGUUGAGGAGGCUCUGUGUACAAAACAUUGAUUAAUGAGUAACUUCUCCAAAAUACACAUAUUUCUAAGCAGAGCAGUAGGACUAUGGCUUAAAGCAAAUUAGUCUUUAUUUAACAAGUAUAACACUUAUCAACCUGUGCAAUACAUUAAAAAUUAAAUUCUUUUUAUUUGUCCAUGUAUAUGUCUACAUGAAGGUUUUAACUCCUCAAUGUUUUAUUUAAUUAAAUUUAAUUUAAACUACAUGUUUAGUCACUGCUGACAUACAGAUUUGUCAUCAUCUUUGUUUAUAAUACCAUGAGUCUGAUAAUGCAAGCGGUUUGGCUCUCUCUAAAUCAGCUCAUUGUUCUUUGUUGCAGAUUCUUUGGGGUUUGUUUUCAGAUAUCCUAUCUGUACCCAUCCAUUUUUCUCUUCAUCUGAAAUGCGUGUAUAAUGUAUAUACUACAGAUUGUUUUAAAGUUUAUCAUGUACAUGUAUAUAUAUGUACAUACAAGUCAAAAAAAUGUUUGUCAUUUGUGAAGUCCCGUAAGAACCUUUAUCGUAGGCCUUUAUAUGGAAAGCAAAUUUUGUUUUCUUAAAAAAAAGAAGAAGAGGAAAAUGUGCCAAAAACCACAGCUACAACAUACAAACAUGAAAACCAGCUCAAUUUUAGUUGUUGAAUGUACAUUCAGUACCGGUAUUCCAUGUACAGUAUGUAUGAAAACGAAACUGGGUUUCUUGAAAGUAUUUCUGAUCAUGUUAAAGUUAGAUCUUUGGAAGGCUGAACCUCCAAAGUCAUGGACAUAAAGAUAGUUGUAAUUGAUCAAGUCAUGAUUUUUACUGCCAGAAUAGAUAUAAACAUAAUUAUGUAUAUAGUAAAAGUUAUUAGUAUCGAUCAUAAAAGCAUAACAUUUGUUAGAAUCUAAAAGAAAAUAUGAAUAAUCACAAUUUGAUUUACAAGAAUCGUAUUUACAUGUACAGUCACUAGUCAAAGACAUAUUAUCAUUGUUAGCUUUCCAUGUAUUAUGAAUGUAAUUUUCCAUCUUCAUGAAGUACUGUUAUAUCAGAAACUUUUGUGACAUGAAACUGAAACUUUGUGAAUUUAAAAAAUUAAAUGUUGGGUCAGUUGUGAUUCAAUUAUUUUGAAUGACUCACAAACUUCACAAACAUUUCAAGUGCACCAAAGUUUCUUGUCUACUCUAUAAAUGACAUGGGUGAUGGUGAGAGUUUAAAAAAAAAGGUUUUAGUGAGAGUUUAAUAAAAGAAGGUUUUAAAAAUCUGAGCGCUUGCGCGAGGCAUUCAAGCAAGUCAUGAAAAUUUGCACCUCACCCUCCAAAUUUUAAACCGGAGUUACAUCAAUCUCAUCCAUUUUGGGGGAAAAAUCAUGAUAAAAAUAAAUUCGAAAAUUAUUAGGCUUGAUUUAAGAAUAAUUAUUAUAAGUAUUAUAACCAUUAUAUAACAUUUAUCCCACAUUGUUUAUUUCACAUGCUGGUAUUUUUUAUUUUACAUUGUCACUUUAUGAAUGUAAAGGAAGAUGAAAUAAAUAUCAGUGUGAUACUCAUACAUUUAAAUUCCAUGAA